CUCCCUUGCCUGCCUGCCUCCCCUCUUACCUACACACCGUUAUGAGCGCCUUUGGAAAGUUGAGAGCCAUUGUCACUGGCCGUGUGCCCGGCGACGCGCAACAGGUUUUUGAAAACCUGCAGGCUGCUUCGAUCCCUGUCACUUCCGCUGACUGUAGAAACUGUGCCGAUCCCUGCGAAGACCAUGACGAUUUUUCCAAACGUAUCGACGUCAACAUGGAUUCCGACAUGCUCGGCUCCGUGAAGCCCUACCGCCGCCAGGUUCUGGUGUCGACCAGGAAAAGUGACUGGGAAAGGGAGGUUACAAGCGCCUAUGGCACUCUCGCCUACUAUUUGUCCGAGGCCGACAGUGCGCUUGGCAAAGGGCAUAAACACAAACGCAAGGGCGGCGGCUCCGGCAUUCCCGGUGUCUUCGCCCAGGACGAGGCCACACGGCUGUCGAUUCUUAAUGCGAGCCAUAAGACAUUCUGCGAUGACCACACUCAGGAGUCUGUCAUCGUUCUUCCGGACUUUAAAGUUGUGGCGGGUGUCCCGCACUCGCUCCCCGGUGCCGAGCAGCUUUGGAAGACUGCACUAGAUCCCGACUGUCGGCGCGCAGGUUCAAAGCAGGAAGCCUCUGAGCUCAAGUCGUGGAUCCUUCCGUAUUCUUGUCUGAUCUUGCUCUGCUCGCACAAACGGCGUGACAAGAGGUGCCACAUCUCUGCUCCUAUUCUAGAAAAGACAUUUGUCCAGUAUCUUGAGAAAGAAGGGUGGGAGGCGCAUACCCAGCUCGAAGACCUCUCGCAUACGCCUUCGAUAGAGGACACCGAUAGCGACGAAGCCGCGCUCGAGGAGCAACUCAAGGCACACCAGAGCGAGCACAGGGUGCUCAUCAUCAAGAGCUCUCACAUUGGAGGGCACAAGUUUGCUGGAAAUUGUAUUAUAUAUACCCCGCGCGGAGCGAGCGUAUGGUAUGGCCGCGUGACACCCCACGACGUCGAGUCCAUCGUUCAGAAUACCAUUGUCUUGGGGCAGAUUCUGGCUCCUUUACUUCGAGGUGGCCUGGAUCUUGCCAAGCCGGGCUGCAACAGCAUUUACCAGUGGUGAUCUUACGCUAGAAAUAUGAUCUUCCAUGUAGAUGUCACAGUGAACGAUCUCUCCAUCGAAAUACUGGUUCCUUCCAACUUAUACAUACUAUAGAAUGGACACUGGUUUUGUUUCUUUUGC